AUGCCUGUGGAUUUCAGUGGCACCUGGAACCUCACAAGCAGUGACAACUUUGAGGGUUACAUGCUGGCUUUGGGUAUUGACUUUGCAACUCACAAGAUAGCAAAAAUACUGAAGCCACAGAAGAUGAUUGAACAGGAAGGCAAUUCAUUCUCCAUCCAAACCACCAGCACUUUCAGAAGUUACUUUGUCCAGUUCAAAAUUGGAGAGGAGUUUGAGGAAGACAAUAAAGGCCUAGAUCAUAGAAAAUGCAAGAGUAUAGUAACCUGGGACAAUGACAAGCUUGUUUGUGUCCAGACUGGAGACAAGAAGAACAGGGGCUGGACUCAUUGGAUUGAAGGAGAUCAGCUAUAUCUGGAGCUCCGCUGUGAGGACCAAGUAUGCACACAGGUUUACAAGAGAGCUUGA